AACCGACUGGUUGCCAUGUUUGACAUCCUCCGAUCUGGCAACCCUUUCUGCCAGGCCCCGACCGGAACACAUAAACUCCCCCCCCCCCCCCCCCCCCUCCACUCCCUCUUCCUCUACGGAUGCUGCAGUAGAGUUGGCCGCGCAUGCGCGCUCUCGGUCCUCUUUUUCUUGGAAGCGCCCCUGACCCAUCGCACCAUGGCAGAUCCCGAUCUUGACUUCACGACUGCCGAUUCUGGCGCCUCGGCCACCUACCCCAUGCAGUGCUCUGCUCUGCGCAAGAACGGCUACGUGGUGCUGAAGGGACGUCCCUGCAAAAUUGUGGAGAUGUCCACCUCCAAGACUGGCAAGCACGGGCACGCUAAGGUUAACCUGGUUGGUAUCGACAUCUUCACCAACAAGAAGCAUGAGGAUAUGUGCCCCUCCACCCACAACAUGGAUGUCCCCUCCAUCAAGAGGAUAGACUACCAGUUGGUUAACAUCAAUGAAAGCUACAUGACCUUGAUGAGCGACAACGGUGAAAUCAGAGAGGACCUGCGUGUCCCUGAAAGCGAUAUCGGCAAGGAUAUUGAGACAAAGUUUGAAUCUGGAGAUGAGUUCAUGGUCACCGUGAUUUCUGCCAUGGGGGAGGAAUGUGCCGUCGCUACCAAGGUCCUGGCCAACAAAUAGGGAGACAGACUUUGCUGCCCAGGCAAAAAGCACCACCCACAACCAGUCUCGCAUUCUCAUUGGUUCUGUCACCAAAGCGUCGGCCUUCACAGACAACCUCAAUCAUUCUGUUGUAAUUUCUCUCAUCAAUGAUCUUUUUUUUCUCUCCUCCCCCUCAUCGUUUCUCUUUGCCAUCGCUGUUGGUAGAGUUCUGCUGCAGCUCGCUGCAUGGUCCUCUGUCUGAUUGCUGAGGUUUUGUUUGGUAACGAUCAACUUUAUAUAAAACAACUUCAAAAAUAACGGAUCAGUUGCUCAUUCCUGCUUAUUUUUGCCUUCAACGUGUUGGUUUUGCCACUCACAUUCCUGAAUGUUUAAAUAACAACGGGAUUCAGCUUUUGUAUGAUUAUUUUUUAUAUUCUUGAAUAUAGCAGGUUUAAAGCCUUUUAGAGGGAAGGGGGCAGUUUUUGAGUUAUUAAAGCAGUGGGCGGGAGGGUUUCCCCUGUAGAUACUAAAUUCUGGUUUAGGUUUUCCCUCUAGCAGCCAUAACGCUUUCCAGCAUGGCCCGUGCUCUUGUUCCCAAGUGGAUUGGUCACGACAAGGUCUAUUUUCCUCUCAGUAGCUGAGAUUGGUGGUGGCUAGCACUUCAGAGCACUUGAGGUCCACUGCAGCAUGUAAAACCUCUAAAACCAAGAAAAUAGAAAUGUUUAUUUUUUUCUCCCCCCCCCCUACGAAAGAACAGAAGCAAACUUCAGUGAUUAACCCUCAUGAUGCCAGUCUCUUGUCUGUGUAGAAGUCUGAGGGGCGUGAGCGUCCUGUACACUCUCGCCUCUCGCCUCUUGUCCACCGAGGCAGUCGAGAUCACCCCACUGCCCUGACUAUCCCCCAAUACAAAGGAGUGUUAUGUUUUGUUUAGAGAGGCAUGAGUGUGUAGCGUUGUGGGCCUCCAAAUUGUGGGAGGUGGUUUGCAGUGAGGCGUGUUUCUUUUGAGGGACUCGAUCGGGGAGGGGGAGGGUGGUUGAGUUGCAAACUUUUUGUUCACUCGAGGCCUUUGUCACCUGACUGGAGAUGGCAAAAAUAAAACGAUGAAACAAAUGGACAAAAACUGCAAA